AUUUGUGGUGUGAAGAAAAAGAAAUAAAUAAUAGAUUGUUGACUCUAUUAUGCCCAAAUCCAAACAUUCAAAAGAGUUCCAAUUUACCACUCCAUCAUCUUCCUUCUCCUUCCUUCCAUCCAUGGCUUCUUCUUCUUCUUGGAAGCUAGCAACAUGUGCAAUAACCACGUUCCUCAUCUUCAUCACAUACCUUCAACUUUCUUCGAUGAAAUCACCAUUUCAUCCUCGAGACUUACUUCCUCUUUUACCCAAAAAAAUUUCAUGGCCAAUCCUCAACUCGCUCCAUAGCGCUGUUGAUAUUCUCCCUGUCUUUGUUGGUGCUGCUUCUUCUCCAAACAACACUCCUGAAUGGAAAGGUGCUUGCUUUUAUAAGAAUCAAGCUUGGAUGGAGUUUCAUAAUAAAACUGGUUCUGAAUUUGGUGGUGGUACCCUUCACUUAAAGGUUAGUGAUGCUCAUAGUUGGACAUGUAUGGAUAUUUACAUUUUUGCAACCCCAUAUCGGGUAACAUGGGAUUAUUAUUUUCUGUCCCGGGAGCAUACACUUGAGAUCAAGGAAUGGGAUGGGAAAGCCGAGUAUGAGUAUGUGAAAAAUCACGGGUUAUCAAUUUUCCUCAUGAAAGCUGGAAUGUUGGGGACCCUUCAAGCACUUUGGGAGGUAUUCCCUUUAUUUACCAAUACUGGAUGGGGCGAGAACUCAAAUAUCGGGUUUCUGGAGAAACAUAUGGGAGCCUCUUUUGAAACACGUCCUCAGCCAUGGGUUACAAAUAUCAGUGUUGAUGACAUCCACUCUGGAGAUUUCCUCGCCGUUUCAAAAAUUCGAGGUCGCUGGGGUGCUUUUGAGACUCUAGAGAAAUGGGUUAGUGGUGCUUAUGCUGGUCAUACUGCUGUUUGCUUAAGAGAUUCAGAUGGAAAGCUUUGGGUUGGGGAGUCAGGACAUGAAAAUGAAGAGGGUGAAGAUAUAAUUGCUAUGAUACCGUGGGAUGAGUGGUGGGACUUUGAACUGAAUAACGAUGAUUCUAAUCCCCAUAUUGCACUUCUUCCUUUACACCCUGACAUGCGUGCCAGGUUUAAUGAGACUGCUGCGUGGGAGUAUGCACUGAGUAUGGAAGGACAACCAUAUGGUUACCAUAACAUGAUUUUCAGUUGGAUAGACACUUUAAGUGGGAACUAUCCACCUCCGUUGGAUGCUAAUGUGGUUGCUUGUGUUAUGACAAUUUGGAGUCAACUUCAACCUGCAUAUGCUGCAAAUAUGUGGAAUGAAGCCUUGAACAAAAGACUUGGAACUAAAGGGCUUGACCUUCCAGAAGUUUUAGUAGAAGUUGAAAAGCGUGGAUCAUCAUUUGAUGAACUACUGACGAUUCCAGAACAGGAUGACUGGACCUACAGUGAUGGCAAGUCAACUUCUUGUGUUGCUUUUAUACUUGCAAUGUACAAGGAGGCUGGAUUGUUUGAUCCAAUUGCUAGUUCUAUCCAAGUUACAGAGUUUACGAUAAGAGAUGCUUACAUUCUCAACUUUUUUGAGACCAAUUCUAGUCGCUUGCCAACAUGGUGCAAUGACGGAGACACCGUGAAGCUUCCUUAUUGUCAGAUUAAAGGCAAGUAUCGUAUGGAGUUACCAGGAUACAAUACUUUGCAACCAUAUCCUCACAUGAAUGAAAGGUGCCCAUCUCUUCCCACAAAGUACUCCAGAACCAAGAAUUGCUAGCAGUCUUCAAUUCUUUCUUCAUAUUUAUGGGCUAGUUGCUUCACCAGAUUAUUUAUUCCUAUAGAUUUUGGAAUUAUUUUAGUAGAUUCCAAAUGAAUGAUUGAUGUUGUUUGUAUCCAUUUGAAUUCAUACAAACGGUACACCAGAUUCACCAUUGUAUAUGUUGUCACGACUUAUAUUAGAUGAUUCAUGUAAUUUGGAUUAUAUUUCUAGCUAGAUUAAGAAUUAUGUAAAUAGAUGGAACUUGAAUAUCUGUAUAUCAUACAAUAUGUUAUAUGUUCCUAGUGGUGCAUCUUUAUCUGUCUUUG